AUGGCAAGUUCUAAUGGAAACCCAGAGCUCUUGGGAAGCACACACACAGCUCAGCUCAACCUAAGCACAAAGCACACCGAGGAUCUAACAUCAGCCACCUCCCAGACAUCAACUCUGAGAGAAAAGAGACACAGUGACAGGCCAAAGGGGAGAAAGACACCAGCUGCUGGAAGCCGAGACGGAUGGGUACAGGAGGUUGUCGGUUUGCAUAAUGAACAGCGUCCCCAGUUACCACUGUCGGUCAUCUGUUUAAAAUGGCUGGUGGAUGUUGAGAUGGAGUUAGUGCACGGUGACGAACAGGACAUUACCCACAAGUCCCCAGCCUCCACCUACUCCCAAUUAAUGUGUCACAGCAGUGAAACUACAGGCUCUCCAAGCGGACCUAAUCUAGCAUCUCUGCCUCCAAUUGACAAACGGCUCGAUACUGCUUUACAGGAUGCCGACAGUGCUGAUUGUGAAGACAUUUCCAAGGUUGUUGGCUUCAUUGAGUCCAGGCUCGUUGCCUGCUACCUGAGACUGCAGAAGCCUGACUUGGCACCGCCACAUUCCCACAGGAGCAGCCACCUAAAUCCCAUCCAUUUCCGGAGCCAUCUCCAACAGGCAAUGGUGUAUCGAUUGCUGGGCAAGCCCUGCAGGGCAGCGAGGAGUGCCAUGAUUGCUGACUAUGUGUGGCUAUCUGGAGAUGGUGAGCCGACUAUAAGCAAGCUCAUCAAACUGUAUUGGCAGGUGAGGACAGAUAGGCCUCCAGACACAUGCACAGCCUCUGCACCCAAUCACAAGUCCAAUGAAUGUGAGACGCACAUGCAUCCACAUGCAUGCCGCUUGGGCUGCCGCUUUCCCAAUGCGACACUUGACAUCCACUUCUGCAUCCCCAUUCUGGACGAUGAUACUGCCCAGCUAGGUGAACUUCUCCACCCUUUCCAAUACCUGUUGACUGACUUCUAUCUCUCCUGCAUGGCCGCCGUGUUUAUAUACAUGAUCUUCGACUUUUCUGCGCUUAUCCUGAGGUUUGCUCAGGUUUGCUUCUUCAUCAAGGUCGGUCAUUGCAGUCUGCCAUUUUGUCCUAUUCUCCUCGAGCAGCGCGAUGUCAUCGGCGAAGUCCAGGUUGCCCAGGCGGUCUUCAUCAGAUCAGUGAAUGCCCUCUCCAAUGUGCGCUCCUGCACGCUGCCUGACAUAGUCAAGGGCGACAAGGAAGAGGAGCGGGGACAGGAUGCAGCCCUGUCUGACACCAAUGAUCUCGAAGAAGCGGGGUUCUCUACAGGCUCAGGGGUGGUUGAGAGUCUUCAGUAUGCUGAUUGUCUGUUUCAGUUGAGGAGAGAGCAGGAGCAUGUGCAGGUGCUGGAGCAUACUCUAGCGGAGUUAGAAUUAGCACCCUAUCUACAGGAAAUCAGCUCAUCUGACACCAGCCUGGUGAGUCAUACAGUCACACCAUGCACAGGUGUCUCACCUCUUAGAAGAGGUGGUGUAAAGCUGGUUGUGCUGCAGGCUCUAAUAGCAGACACCAUGGACACCCUUGAAGGCAAGCGGACUGAUCAGGAACGUGUGUGGAAUGCAAUGCAAAAGGUGGGACUGAUUGAGGACUUGAUCCAUCAGUGGGAGAAGUCUUACUUGAAGAGUCAGGAAGGCUCACAACCCUGUCAGGAAACAGUGGAAGAAAGACAAUGAAGCUCUGAAUCCGAAUGCAUUUUCCAUGCCUAAAGAGGUUCAACACUUCCAGCCAUGCAAGAAGUUCCCCAAAAACAGCAUGUUCCAGUCAUAGGGCCAAGUGAGCACUAGCUGGAUUUCACAUACAGCCACAUGCAGCUUGAGACCCAGUUGCUCAUCUUCAAUGGGAGUAUUCUCCAGUCCCCAUUAGUCCAUAGUGACAGAAAUAAUGAGAUUCUGCAGCUUGGUCCUCUCUCUGAUUUAAGGUUUCCUUUUUAACC